AAAUAACGGCUUCCUAGAUUUGUGCGACUGAAAUAGCCGGAGCUUCCUGGUGACUGCGCUGACUGAGAGGUACUCAAAGACUUUCCUAAUUGCCGACGAUCGGAAAAAUGUCGCCUGCAUUGUUCCCGGAAUUAGUCACCGAUAUUCUCCUCCGCCUUCCUGUGAGGUCUCUCCUCCGAUUCAGAUGCCUUUCCACAUCACUUUGCACUGAAAUCGACAGUCCAUAUUUCAUCAAGAAUCAUCUCAACAGAUCAAUCCAAAUGGGAACUAGACAAAAGCUAACCGUCUUCAACGAAGAUUUCAUGGACACCACCGAUUUCUACACCGCUGAUAUUGAUGACGACCUCAAAGCUGCCUCGCUGCUUAACAACCCAUUGAAAUCUCCUCAUCACUGCACCCUCAUAUGCGGGUCUUGCAAUGGUUUGAUUCUCUUGGGUAUGAUUCUAAAACCCUUCUUGGGAGUCUUCUUGGGAGCAAAUCCAACCAUGGAUCUUGCCAUUUGGAAUCCAUUUACUAGGCGGUAUAAGAAAUUGCCGCUUUGUCCAGUCCAAACCCUUCCUUGGUAUAAACAAUUCUUGAGUUUUGGUUUAGGGUAUGACUCUGCUCUUGAUGACUACAAGGUUAUUAUGAUUUCACAUGUUGAAGAAUCCAAUCAUGAUUCUUUUCAAGUCUGGGUUUUUAGUCUGAAAUCUAAUUCUUGGAGAAGGAGUCGAGAUGUUCUGCCGGGGGAAGAAAAUUGUACAAGUGAUAAGCGGGGAGAAAUUGCAUCUGGUAGUUGGAGGAAAGAAUUCAACGUGGAGGAAGAGAUGAUGAUUAGGGAUGAUGUUAUCCAUCCUUUGCUUUUGGCUUAUUCAAAAGAGAGAAAAAGCAUUCUUCUGCUUAAUAAAGAAAAUGGGUUUUUUUGGUAUAAUUUUGAAAACAAAACAAGACAAAAGGUGGAGAUUCCUGGGAUGCCUGAGGAGAUGCUUGAGGUUCAGACCUACAAAUACCAUGUUGGCUUGGAAAGCCUUGUUUCUCUAGGCAAUGAUAGUGCAUUUGAUGGGGCAGCUGAGGAAGUGAUAAUAGAUGAUUAAGAUGUCUUUUGGGUGGUUCAAGUUUGCACAGACUAAUAGCUGUAAAGUGGACAUGUUUUUGGUUACCAAGGAUGAUAGUGUUUCUGUGAAAUUCCAUGACAAUUCCAGUUUUGUUUGAUACUAUUCCUUGAAAAUCCUAGUUAGUACCUUUUGCAGCAUUUUGCGUGGUUUGAAAUGGGGCAUUGGAAAUUCCAUUUAAAUUCUAGUUCUCCAAGAAUUUUAAGUGUACGUAUAUACUCCCCCUUAUAAUUUAGACCAGAACUUCCAGCCUCAUGCAUUGGGUAUGUUUUUGUUUCUUUUCAUGUAUUUAAGUGGGUUCUCUGCUUUAAGAAUUUAUGGAAUUGCCUGUUUGGAGGGCUCCUAAUAUUCCAAAAGCUAUCCAAGGAAUCACUGUCAAUGGUGGAGAAGAUAAAAUGAGGUGGACAAAAAAUGGUUCAGGUACUUUUUCUGUUGGUAGAUGUUAUGAGCUCAUGAGAAGAAAAAAAGGCUGCUCUUCCGUGCCUUAGAUGUAUUUGGUUUGGUAGUAACAUACCUAAUCAUUCUUUUGUAGUUUGGCUGACGUUUCCCUUUUUUAUUUUUGGCCAGAAA